CUCCUCCUCCUGCUGCAGGGGGAGGCUAUAAAAGCCCUGCAGGGGGACAGACAGACACUUUCCACGUCAGUCAGACCGACAGACGGCCUCCUCGCUCGCUCACCUCCUCUGAACAGCACCUGACAGUCAGGAUGUCCAUCACCAAGAUCCACGCUCGCGAGAUUCUGGACUCCAGAGGAAACCCCACCGUGGAGGUGGACCUGUGGACGGCCAAAGGUCUGUUCAGGGCUGCCGUUCCCAGCGGCGCUUCAACUGGAGUCCACGAGGCGCUGGAGCUCCGUGAUGGAGACAAGACCCGCUACCUGGGCAAAGGUACCGUGAAGGCUGUGGAGCACGUCAACAAGGACAUCGCCCCUAAGCUGAUUGAGAAGAAAUUCAGUGUUGUCGACCAGGAGAAGAUCGACAAGUUCAUGCUGGAGCUGGACGGCACCGAGAACAAAUCCAAAUUUGGUGCCAAUGCCAUCCUGGGCGUGUCGCUGGCCGUCUGUAAGGCCGGAGCGGCGGAGAAAGGCGUUCCCCUGUACCGCCACAUCGCUGACCUUGCUGGACACAAAGAUGUCAUCCUUCCCGUCCCUGCCUUUAACGUGAUUAACGGUGGUAGCCAUGCCGGAAACAAACUGGCCAUGCAAGAGUUCAUGAUCCUGCCAGUUGGAGCCUCAAACUUCCAUGAGGCCAUGAGGAUUGGAGCGGAGGUCUACCAUAACCUGAAGAACGUCAUCAAGGCUAAAUAUGGAAAGGAUGCCACCAAUGUGGGGGAUGAGGGCGGUUUUGCUCCCAACAUCCUAGAGAACAAUGAGGCUCUGGAGCUGCUGAAGACCGCCAUCGAGAAGGCCGGUUACCCCGAUAAGAUCAUCAUUGGCAUGGACGUGGCCGCCUCAGAGUUCUUCCGCAGCGGGAAGUACGACCUGGACUUCAAGUCCCCCGACGACCCAUCCAGACACAUCAGCGGCGAGCAGCUGGGCGACUUGUACCGCAGCUUCAUCAAGAACUACCCCGUUCAGUCCAUUGAGGAUCCAUUUGACCAGGAUGACUGGGAGCACUGGGCCAAAUUCACCUCCUCCGUAGACAUCCAGAUCGUAGGAGAUGACCUUACUGUCACCAACCCAAAGAGGAUCCAGCAGGCAGUGGAGAAGAAGGCCUGCAACUGUCUGCUGCUCAAAGUCAACCAGAUUGGCUCCGUCACCGAGUCCAUCCAGGCGUGUAAGCUGGCUCAGAGCAGCGGCUGGGGCGUGAUGGUCAGCCAUCGCUCUGGAGAGACCGAAGACACCUUCAUCGCUGACCUGGUGGUGGGACUCUGCACUGGACAGAUUAAGACCGGUGCCCCCUGCAGAUCAGAGCGUCUGGCCAAAUACAACCAGCUGAUGAGGAUCGAGGAGGAGCUCGGAGACAAGGCCAAGUUCGCCGGCAAAGACUUCCGCCACCCAAAGAUCAACUAAAGCCUCACGCUGCCUUCCCCUCUGUUGCUGCGGCAACUGACUGACACCUGAUGACCCCGGAGGCCCCUCACCCUUCAACUGGGGGUGAGAGGUUAGAGGUCACGGUGGGGUUUACCCUGCCUUUCUAGCUGUAAUUCCAUUAAAGAUGUUUUCUAUAUAAAACAAACAUUAAAGAGUGAAAAUGGAAAAA